AGCACGUGCGUCAUCCAUCACGCUCAGACAAGUGGACUAGUAGUGUAGGAAGUUUUUCAGCCAUGGAAUCAAGUGUCUACAUUCUGGUGGCGGUUUUAGUUCUGUCUGUUUACACCAACUGUGCCCUAUUUCCGAUACGGCAGCAGCAAUGGCAUAGCUUCAUAUACGGUAACAAGAAUCAUAUUCCAUUUCGCUGUGCCGAGGGUUUUUAUGGUUUCCACUGUGGGAAUAGAUGCAAUAAAAACUGUUUGAACAACAAGUGUUACUUCGUAAAUGGCGCUUGUUUUGGUUGCAACGCCGGAUAUACAGGCCAACGAUGUGAAAACAGUUGUCCUGACUUCACCUACGGUGCCAGAUGCCUCUCGAUGUGUAGCACGACGUGUGCUGGUGACGGGUCGUGUGAUAAGGUCACAGGUCAAUGUCGGCACGGAUGUGUUGAUGGAUACAGGGACCCAACUUGUCAACUAGGUUGUAAGAAAUUUUAUUUUGGUAAAAAUUGCACAUCGAAGUGCAGUAACAAGUGCAAUCAAAGAGUGAUUGGUAAUGUCGAGUUAUCUCCCUGCAACGCAACAAAUGGCGAGUGUAUCAUGGGGUGUCAGCCUGGGUAUAUGGGCGUCAACUGUACUCAGGCGUGUGGACCAACAUACUACGGUAACGACUGCAGUCAGAGGUGUAGCCACAGAUGUGCCAGACAAAUGUGUAACCACAUCAGUGGCGAGUGUGAGGAUUGUUCUAGCGGUACUUGCGUACAAGAAUGUUCUCCCACUUAUUACGGCGUGGGUUGUCUAAAAACAUGCUCAGAUAACUGCACCAACCGAUUCUGUAACAGCACUGAUGGUCGAUGUCUGGGUUGUGUCCCUGGAAAAUUUGGAGACUUUUGUGAAAAAGACUGUACCCCGACGUUUUAUGGGAUAAACUGUACAGAAAGAUGCAGCAACAGUUGUCUCAAUGCCAAGUGUGACAGUAAAAAUGGCGACUGUCUUAGCUGUCCACCAGGAAAGUCUGGAGCCUUGUGUAAUGAUGAUUGCCCAAUAGGUUAUUACGGAGAGGGGUGUAAAGAAAGAUGUCAUACGUCAUGUUUUGACCAAGCAUGCGAUCCAAUGACUGGAGAAUGUAUGGCAUGCUACACUGAGGCCUUUGGAGACUUUUGUGAACAAGCUUGUCCUGCAAGAAGAUAUGGCUUUAACUGCAGCCAGAUUUGUAGUGAUAAAUGUGGUGGAGACGGAAGCUGUAACUACACAACAGGGGCGUGUCUUUAUGGCUGUGUAGAUGGGUAUCAUGGGGAGUACUGUCAGUUAAUCUGUGACGACAACAAAUUUGGAGAAAACUGCAGCGCCGAGUGUGGCACGAACUGUAGGCACGUGACACAGUUAACCAAUCAGAACUGUCAUCACAUCACAGGGGCGUGUCUAUCUGGUUGUGAGGCGGGGUAUGAAGGCCUUCAAUGUACUCACGAAUGUCGAGAAACUUACUACGGAGUUGACUGUAAACAGAGAUGUAGCCACAGGUGUUUGAACCAAACCUGUCAUCACGUCACUGGUCAGUGUAUGGUCUGCUCUAAUGGGAUCUGUAAGGAAGCGUGCUCCCCUAUGUUUUACGGCGUGGGUUGUCUAAAAACAUGCUCAGAUAACUGCGCCAACAAAUUGUGUAACAGCACUGAUGGCCGAUGUCUGAGUUGUGUCCCUGGAAAAACUGGAGACUUUUGUGAAAAAGACUGUGCCGCGACUUUUUAUGGGAUAAACUGUAUAGAAAGAUGUAGCAACAGUUGCCUCAAUGCCAAGUGUGACAGUAAAAAUGGCGACUGUCUUAGCUGUCCACCAGGAAAGUCGGGAGUUUUAUGUAAUGAUGAUUGCCCGGUAACAACGUACGGCGUAGGAUGUAAAGAGAUGUGUCUUAAGUCGUGUGUCGAUCAACUAUGUCACCCCGUGACUGGGGAGUGUCUGGCCUGUGCCCCUGGGUUUGUUGGAGAACAUUGUGACCAAAGUUGUCCGGCAAAUCGCCAUGGCUAUAACUGCAGCCAGACUUGUAGUGAAACCUGUGGGGGAGACAAAAGCUGUGAUCACAUCACAGGGGCGUGUCUUUAUGGCUGUGUAGAGGGGUAUCAGGGAGCCGACUGUCAGUUAUUCUGUGACCAGAACACUUUUGGAGAAAACUGCAGCUCCAAGUGUAGCACGAACUGUAAGCACGUGACACAGCUAACCAAUCAGAACUGUCAUCACAUCACAGGGGCGUGUCUAUUAGGAUGUAUUGCAGGGUACGAUGGUCUACAGUGUACACACGAAUGUCGAGAAACUUACUACGGAGUGGACUGUAAACAGAGAUGUAGCCACAGGUGUUUGAACCAAACCUGUGAUCAUAUCACUGGUCAGUGUAGAAUCUGUUCGGAUGGGGUCUGUAAGGAAGACUGCUCACCCACCUACUACGGUACCAACUGCAACCAGACAUGCAGUAGUAACUGUGUUAACCACUUGUGUGACGUCACAACUGGCCACUGCUUUCUAUGUCCAGUUGGUAAAACGGGAUUCUUUUGUGAAAAAGACUGUGAUGGAACCCACUACGGCAGCAACUGCACAGACCUCUGCAGCUCUCGUUGUGUCAACCAGUCGUGUUACCCAGAGAGUGGUCAGUGUGUCCAAUGUCCAUCUGGAUAUACAGGAGAUUUUUGUGACGACGACUGCCCAAGCGGACACUACGGAAAAGGCUGCCAACAAAACUGCAGUGAGAAGUGUGACAUGUCUUUGUGUGACCCAGAGACAGGGGCGUGUCUGUCCUGUCCCCCCGGGAGACAAAAAACACAAUCGUGUGAAUUAGACUGUCCCCAUCUGAGCUACGGCAAAUCGUGUAGUGAAGACUGCAGCAUGACGUGUGGGGGAGAUGGAGGCUGUGACCCAAUCACUGGUCAGUGUACACACGGGUGUAGGGAUGGAUAUCAAGGGACCUGGUGUGACCAAUACUGUAGUGACAACACAUUUGGGCCCAACUGUACCUCAAACUGCAGCGAGUUCUGUCAAGCUGUUAAUGUCAAGUUGUCAGCAACUUGUCACCACGUAACUGGAACUUGUAGUGCCGGAUGUGAACCUGGAUACACCGGUCUGAUGUGUACACAAAAAUGCGACUCAAGCCACUAUGGUAUUGAUUGUAGCCAAAAUUGUGAAUGUGGCGACCAUUUGUGUGACCACAUCUCUGGACAGUGCAUGGAGUGUGUUGAUGGCGUCUGCAAGUUAGUUUGCGCUGACGGUUUGCAUGGCGUCAAUUGUACGGAACUUUGUGACGAGCGGUGUGUUGAUCAAAUGUGUAACAGUACUGAUGGCAGAUGUGUAGAUUGUCCUGCUGGUAAAAUUGGGGAUUUCUGUGAGAAAGAGUGUGCCGCCACCUACUACGGAGAAAACUGUAAACAAAGAUGCUCCAAAAGUUGUGUUGACCAGUUGUGUCACGUGGAAAAUGGUUCCUGUCUCAGUUGUCCACACGGCUAUACGGGAAUCUUCUGUCAGAUGGACAACACUACCGAAGUCUCAUGUAACAACAAAACAGCAGGUUGUCUUCCCCUAGUUAAGGAAAAAGUUUCGGCCCCACUCAGUAUCGGCCAUCUUGGUGCUAUUAUUGGCUCAGUCAGUGUUGUCGUGCUCAUGAUACUUAUUGGUGUUGUUCUCUGGUGGAGAAUACGCAAACAAGAAGGACGAAGUCUGGUUGGUAAAAAAUUUAAUAACAUGACGGAUGAUGAAGGCUUGGUGUUGCACCCUGCAGCGGAGACUGCAACAAAUUAGACAGCACACGGCUUCAUUACUUAACUUGGCUGUUGCGGUAUAUCAUGAUUCUAUCCAAACUGACAUUGUGUUCUGUAAAAACUGCAUUUUGAAUUAACUUCGACAAGUAAAUCUUUCUGUAAACAUUGGCCUGAUUCAAAAAUAAAUUAUUUAAUAUUGAAAAAAUUGUUUUCCUGUGUGUUCCCCUAGAUAUAAAAGCAUACGCAAGUUGAAUGGACUUUAAAAAACGCUAUUUCGGCAGUCGUUUUACAAACGGGUGUUAUGGAUAAAGAUCCAUUUUAAUAAA